AUGGCUGUUCGUGCACAAUUCGAAAACAGUAAUGAAAUUGGUGUGUUUUCUCGACUUACAAACUCUUAUUGCUUGGUUGCAAUUGGCGGAUCUGAAAAUUUUUACAGUAUAUUUGAAGGGGAAUUAGGUGAUAUUAUUCCAGUGAUUCAUACAUCGAUAGCCAGUACCAGAAUCAUUGGUCGUUUAACUGUUGGAUUAUUGGUUCCAAAUUCGACAACUGAUCAAGAACUUCAACAUUUACGUAAUUCCCUUCCAGAUUCGGUUCAAAUUCAACGCAUUGAGGAACGAUUAUCUGCUCUUGGAAAUGUUAUUACUUGUAAUGAUCAUGUUGCUCUCGUACAUCCUGAUAUUGAUAGAGAAACUCAAGAGAUCAUUCGAGAUGUAUUGGGAGUUGAAGUGUUUACACAAACAAUUGCGGGAAACGUACUUGUUGGAAGUUAUUGUGCAAUAAAUGUAAUCGGUGCUGGUCUUGUAGUAAAUGAUUGGUGUGCAUUUGCAGGAUUAGAUAGUACUGCAACUGAAUUAUCAGUGGUUGAAAGUAUUUUCAAAUUACAUGAUGCACAACCAACAGCAAUCGUCAAAGAAAUGAGAGAUUCACUAAUAGAUACUUAUACAGCUCCAAGAAAUCCCAGUUUAUCAGAUGUGGAAUUCAUAGAUCCUACUCCUAUGCCAGAUAAGAUUCCAAAGGUUGACGAAGUGGGAGCGACUUCGGCACCUUUACAGUCUGCAGCAUUCUUCAUUGGUGCAUACUGUAAGGAAUACAAUGAAGAUUUUAUGCUUUGUAAAAACGAAAAUAAUGAUCCAGCACAUUGUUUGAAGGAAGGAAGAAAAGUUACUAGAUGCGCAAUUGACUUGCUUCGAAAAUUACGUGAACAUUGUGACAAAGAAUUUGAAGCUCAUUGGACUUGUUUAGAUUUGAACAACCAAGAAUAUCAUCGUUGUCGAGCCCCUGAACGAAAGUUUAAUUCAUGUGUUAUGAGUGCAUUGAAUACUUCGACAGUAAAAGCUAAAAAGAAGAAAAAGAAGAAACAAAAGUCCCCUGGCUCAAAUAGUGAGACAACAAAAAAUAGUAAAUCAGAAAGUGGGAAAGUUAAUUCAGGUAAAGAUUCUAGUAGUAAACCCGAUGACUUGGAUGAAAUAGUAGCACAUAUUUUGGGACAUCCUGAAGCGCAUUCCGAAAAAUGUGUUGAAAGGAUGAAGAAUAUGGCAAAAGCCGAAUUUAAACAAGAAUCAUACCUUUUCAUGUCUCAAGAAAGGAAAACCCCCGGAUCAACGAAUAAAGGAUUUAAUGUGGAGAAAAAUAAAGAAGAAUUAAGAAAAAGGUAUAAAGAAAAAUUAGACAAAGCAAGACGCGAAGAACGAGGCAAAUGA